UACUGCUCCAGGAUUAUAUACACGUAUGAUAGGCAAUUCUCCCACUAAUCACGUCCAAUAAUUGCUCCGUCCAGUGGGUCCCGUUGGAGUCCCCGGCCGCCGCUAGCUCCCACCAGCUCGUCCUCGGCACCAAUGCCGACGACUCCCCCAACCACCUCAUGCUCGUGGAUGCCAUGCUCCACGCCGCUGAGGGCGGCGCCGUCCCAGCCCCCUCUGAGUCCAUCUUCCGCUCGGCGCGCCACCACAGCGAGAUCAACCGCGCCCGGUGCAUGCUGCAACAUCCUUAUACCGUGGCCACCAAGACCUACAUCGAUGAGUUGCACGUGUAUCACCUUGCCGACGACGUUCAGAAGGCCGGUGCCCAUGUCGUGCUCAGGGGCCAUGGCGCAGCGGGUUACGGGCUGGCGUGGAGCCCGAUGAAGGAGGGUCGCUGCUGAGCGGCUCGCAUGGAUCUCGCAUCCGGAGUGGAGUCCCAUUUAUGGAUGCGCAACAGGUGUUUGAGUUCCUCACCUGGUUGGCUACUUGCUCGACCAUCCACUCCAGUAGAGCGACCGGAAUCAACAAGAAUGGGCGGAGAACAGGAUGGGCAUGCGAGUCACUGUGCCAGCGGUGUGGAGUCAGGGAAGGCGCAGCUUGUCGGGAUAGAGAUGGAGCAGGAGGGGGCGCAGGACCUCGCCGGGGUGGUGGGAGGACAUAGGAGAGGGCGCAGGACCACGUUGGGGUGAUGGGGAGGCAGGUGAGGGUGCGCCGGGCAUCGCCGGGGUGAUGGGGAGGCAGCACGGGCCCUCGCUGUCGGCAGUGCGAUUUAGUCAAGAAUACCACAUCCAUCAAUCUCGCAGUCAAAUAUUUUGCAGAAUAUAGCAGGUUAAGCUCGAUGAAGACUUGAAGCGGUGAUAACUAAGCUGUGAUGGACCAAAUUAGUUAGAAGUUGGUUUUCUUGAUCACUUCAACAUAUAGGUGACAUCUAUAUUUCUUUUCAUGUGAAUUUCUUUGAAAUUAGUUGAUUGAAUGCAAAUUUGAUCAAACUGAUUAGAAGUUUAGUUGGGACUUCACGGGCUGGAGCAGAUGGAUUUGGCAUGCAAAGCUGUCUAUCUUUCUUUCCAUAUGGAGUAUUUGUGUUCGCUGGAAGUAGUGUUCUCGUGGCCAUCUCAAUAGAAGGUUAAAUUUCUGCGUAAGUAUGCACAGUUGUAGACGCGUUUAAUAUAUGAAACUUAAGUAAUAGUUCAGGUUUAGCUGAUUGUGUGCUUUUUUUCCGCCUCCCUCUUAAGAUGAAAGAUGCAAUAAUGCUUUUGAACAUUUAGUUGCAGUUUAGUAGUGCAAUGUCAAUGCUUAUGUGAAAAAAAGUUAUUCGUUAUUGAGCAUGUCCUUAGCAAAUAUAUGUGAGAUGUGGGAGACUUUUGAUGAAAUAGGGCAUUUUACUUAAUCAAGUCUUCAUUUUAAAUUUUGGUGUGGGAGUCUAUAGUAUUUUUUAUUAAUUUUUUUUCAGUGUAUAAAGAAGGGAACUAUAAAUAUGGAAUAUUUGAACACUAUAAAUGGGAAAAAGGGUAAAAAGAGACAGAAAGAACAUGUUCAAGGAUGAUAGGAAAAAAAUGCCGUUGUAUAUGUGGAGUAUUAUGUUUAGUGUAGAGUAUUCAAAAACUAUAAAUAUGGGAUAUUUGAACACAUAAAUGGUAAACUAUGAGUGUCCUUGAAUAUCCCACCAAAAUCAAAUCGUUUUUGUUAAUGUUUUGUUUUCCCGUGGCAACGCACGGGCAUUUGUACUAGUUUGAAAGAAACAGCAAAACAAAGUAAGAUGGAACACAAAAAAAAAAUGCAGCCGCUGGGCCGGACCAGCAGCAAAUAGGAUUUACCCCCGUAGUCGCUGGGCCGGACCUCCUAUUCAUCAGGGACGCCACAGACGCCCGCGUGGAUAGCAAGAUGGGCCGGGGCCCAGCAAGCUUCUUCUUCCUCAUCUCAGGUUGUCUUCAAAGCUAAAAAAAAAAUCUCAGGUUGUCUUCUUUCUCCUUCACCUCCCCGAGCCCCCGCCUCCAACGCCGUCCGGCUCGCCUGCUGCCGCCACCCACGGCCGGCCCCGCUCCCCCGGUGCCUCUGCGAACCGCAUUCUUCCAUCUGCCGCCCACCCCCGGUCCGCCGCCGCCGCGGAACUCCCUCUAAACCCACCCACCUCCCCCAACUCCGGCGAACCCCCCCGCACCCCCGGAACCCUACGUCCGUCGCCGGUGAUCCCCUACCCUAAGAUCUUGGCCUCACCUCCGCCGGCGACGCCGCAGCCAGCCACGUCGUCCCCGUCUCCGGUGAGGUCCUGGCCUCGCCUACGCCGGGGACGCCGUGGCCAGCCGCGUCUUCUCCGUCUCCGGCGAGGUCUGUUUCUUCUUCUCCGGUGAGUAUCCUCUCCCUAACAGGCCGAGGCCUAUCCCGCUCCCUAGGCAGGUGCCUAAAUUCCCCAGUUCGGAACGAUGCUGAAGAGAAGGCGAGAAUACGACUGCACAACAGGGAGUACUCACGCAAAAAAAAAAAGAUUUGGUUGAUACUUUGGAAGAGCAAUUUGGCUGCUUGAACACUUCUGGUCAAGGUGUCUGGGGUGAACUCAGUAAAGAAGUUGCAUCAAAAUUGUCUAAAAGUGUUUUCGCCAUUGCUUCUUUCGAUGGCGAUGAAAUGCGAUGCUCAUGCUCAGGCAUAGUUAUACAUUGGAGACCACGCCUCAUUACCUUGCUUACUUCGGCAAGUUUAGUGAGAUCUCUUCACGAUGAAAGCAAGAUAGAUGAGGACUUGACGAUUAGAGUGUGGAAUCAGCAUCUUCAUUAUGUCGAUGGGUGGUUGGAAAAAUAUGAUUUGCAUUAUAAUAUUGCUCUUGUCAGCAUUAAAGUCCGUGGUUUUGUUUGUCCAGCAAGUCUACAUCAUGAAAUGCAACUUGAGUCAGGUAGCAAGGUAGUAGCUGUAGGAUGUUUGUUUGACUCAAGGAAAGUGAUGGCCACAAGUGGGAUAGUGAUGGACAAAGUGAGCAGAUUUGGUAAUGAGGAGUUUCUGAGUUCCACUUGUAAAAUCAGUAAGGCUGGGACUGGAGGGCCACUUGUUGAUUUCAAUGGAAAUUUUCUUGGCAUGAACUUGUACGAUGCAGAGCAAACAACCGUUCUUCGAAGAAAUAUAAUUAUCAAAUGUUUGGAGCGUCUUGGAAUAUUUCAGCCUCAAAAUAAGCAAGGAGGUGGUUGCACAAGUGACAUAAUGGUGAGAAGCACAAACAAUGACAAUGGUGUAUAUCUUUAUGCAAAUUCUUACUUCGACCCAGAAGUACCUAUUGAUACAGUACAUAAAAAGCUGCGCUCACUUGGUUAUCCCAUGCCCGAAAAAAAUUGUGGAGGCAUGAGAUUAAUUAAUCGUUUUGAAGAGAAAUUUCCCUAUGUGGAUGGUUCUUGUCGCAGUGUCAUGAAGGACCUCAGUGAAGAAGUUGCUUUAAAUUUGUCUUGCAGUGUUGUCUCACUUGCUUCUUUCAAAGGGAAUACCAGGUUAUUUGCAUGCACUGGCAUACUUAUAGAACACACGAGUGUUCUGACGUCUGCAAGCUUAGUCAGGUCUUCUGAUGAUGAAAAUAAAAUUGAUAAUGACUUGAGGAUUGAAGUGCGUCUUCCCAACAAACAAUGUGUCACAGGAAAACUGCAGCAUUAUAGUUUACACUAUAAUCUCGCUGCAGUAAAUAUCAUGGCCUCUCCUGAUCUUCAUACAGCAAAGCUCUAUCAUGAUGUACAAUUUGAGCCCUGUUGUAAGGUGGUAGCUGUGGGCCGCAUCUUUGCAAGUGGCUCAUUAACAGCCACAAGUGGAAUGUUGACUGACGAACCGAGCAAAUUUGAUUGCACAGAGCUGUUGACCUCCACAUGUAAAAUCACAAAGGCUGGGAUUGGAGGACCCCUUUUUGAUUUUGAUGGGAACUUUAUUGGCAUGAACUUUUAUGAUGAGGAAAACACUCCAUUCAUACCUAGGAACAUAAUUCUGGAAUGCCUGAGGCAUUUUGAGACAAAGAGGAGCAUUACGGCCAGCAGUACCAACGUAGACUGUAAUUUAAACAGAUGGCCAGUGCCCAAACCGUAUUGUGUUUAUCCGGCGAGUGACUGGGAUUUGGGCAUGCACCAGAACAUUGAUCUGAGAGCAGCCCCACCUCCAAUGUUGCUUUAAAUUGCCUAGAAUCAGCUGUCCUUUCAGCCUGCAUCAUGAUAAAUACCACCAUGCCCUUGCGCUAAUCGAUUAAGCUGUUUCUGUCCUGAUCUAGAUAGUGUUGAACAUUAGAUAGGAUAACCUGUUUGUUUUUGUUCCUGAUACAUUUGCUAGCAAGUGACCAUUCGGUGACUCAUGUGAACUUUGACUUGCACAUGAGCUGUACCAGUUUGACUGAAGUGUCAGACUCAUGUGUGCGGUAGUCACCUUGUUUAGCAGCUCCGGCUUGUAUGUUCAUUGUAAGGCUUUUGCCGGUCUUUGUUGAAUAAAUGAAAGAGUAGAUUCCAAUU